AACAAUGAUAUUUUUGAUUAUUUUAAUAAUACACUAUCAAUGGAUUUUAUAAAUGGAACAAAUUCAAAUUUUCCAUUCUCUAAAAGUUCAGCUGACUUGGAUAAUUUGAAACCAAUACAUGUGGCAACUUCUAUUAUGUUUAUAAGUGCUUUUUUUUUUUUGCUGAUUAUAAUGGGCAUUUUGCGCCUAGAAUUUUUGACAUGCUAUUUUUGGGAACAAGUAGUGUCUGGCUUUGUUGUUGGCGGUUGUAUACAUGUAUUUUUUGCUCUAUUAAUUUAUGAUCUUUUGGAACAUUCUUCCGAAAUACACCUACCAACUAUAGCAUUUAGCAUAUCAGCUAUCAUUUUUCUUUUUUUUGGAAAAGAAAUACUUGCACCACGGCUUUCUGAUGUAUUUUUAUUUCUACUUUCAUAUGAGCUUAUGUUAGUAACAAUUAUUGCAACAAAUUUUGCUGAAAUAUCAGAACGUUAUGAAGUAAAUGUUGUUGGUGAUAUACCUACUAUUUCCAACGCCAUUUUACCACGAUUUGAUUUUAUUUCAACCAUUUUUUUCGAUUCGUUAAUUAUAGCUGCAAUAUCUGUUGCUGUACAUAUAACUGUGGCGAAAAGUGUUGAACGACGUUAUAAUUACAAAAUUUGUUAUCGACAGGAACUAUAUGCAUUAGGAUUAUCUAGCAUGCUUUCAUCCUUUUUUCCGGUUUAUCCCGUUACUUCCGGUUUUGCUAGUUCAAUAAUUGGCGCAGCUGUAGGUGGAAGUACUCAAUUGACAACACUUUUCCCAAUUCUUACAUUACUUUCGGUAAUAUUAUAUAUUGGUCCAGCAUUAGUUCAUUUGCCACGAUGUGUAUUAGCUUCAAUGUUAUUAGCUACAAUGAAAGCGUAUUUUGUGAAAUUUCAAGAAUUGAAGAAUUUAUGGCCUGUAUUCAAAUUUGAUUUUCUAAUAUGGUUGAUGAGUAUGAUGUUUACAAUUUGUUUUGAUGUUAGCGAAGGUUUGGCAUUAGCAGUUGCAUUUGCUGUAUUCGUAAUCAAUGGUAAGCCAUCUUGGCAUUUAUUAGCAAGAAACGAUGAUGGAAAUUGUUGUGAAAUGGAAAGUAAACAAUUAAAUUCUAUUAAUAGUAAUAUUUGUACUUUCCGAUUUAACGCGCCAUUAAUAUUUACAAGCACAAAUCCAUUUGUUACGGUUCAGUUUAUUUCUUCCUUGUUUCUUAUUAUUAUUAUUUUAAUUUCAUUUAAAUUUGAAAAAAAAGAAGAAAAAAAAACAGCAAUAAUUGUUUGA